AUGGCCUGUCUUCCCAAGCGCCACCAUGGCAUCACACUGGCCAUUGCAGCAGCAACGCUACUACUUGGCGCCGCGUCAGGAUUCCGCUACACCGUCGGCGACUCAAUCUGGUCCAUCCCGCCCACCUCCGACUUCUACUCCCGCUGGUCCUCCGCCCACGCCUUCUACGUCGGAGACUCUCUCGCUUUCCAGUUCGCGACGGAAUUGUUCAACGUGGUACAAGUGCUGAGGCACGACUUCGAGAGCUGCAUCUCCAACGCUCCCUUGCAGGUCUUCACAAUCGGUCCUGCCGUCGUCGAGCUAUCUCACGCCGGCGUUUUCUACUACAUUUGUAAUGUGUCCAAUUACUGUGAUCUCGGCCUCAGAGUCGCCGUCGUCGUACACCAGAGGCCGCCCACCGCUCCACCGCUAAUUAUACCAUCAUCCCCUGCACCUUUACCUCCUGCCACCACCGCACCACAUCCGCCAGCAUCGCCGCUGCCGGUGACGCCGGCUUCCCCUUCCCCGCCGCCGCCGUCCCCUGUUCCGCCUCAUGCGCCCAUUUCUCAGCCAUCCCCAUCUGGGGACGUAGAGAACAACAGCUCGCUAUCUCCAGCACCUGGAAACGAGAUUACCAGUAAUUACUCAAAUGGAGCCAACAGGAUGGGAGAUCGGCAUGUAAUCGGGUUGUUGUUGGUUGGAAUCUUGAUUAUGUAA